UUGGAAAGUAGAAAAUAGUAUGUUCCCUAUUUAAAGCUAUGCACAAAGCAAGGUCUUCAGAGAGCCUGAAGCCUAAGGUUUAGGUUCACCCAUUUCAACCAAAAUAGCAGCAUCUGCAACAACUACAAUGGCCUUGACCUUUCCUUUACUGGUGGCCCUCGUACUGCUCAGCUACAAGUCAAGCUGCUCUAUGGGCUGUGAUCUGCCUCAAACCCACAGCCUGGGUAACAGGAGAACUUUGAUGCUUCUGGCACAAAUGAGGAGAAUCUCUCCUUUCUCCUGCCUGAAGGACAGACAUGACUUUGAAUUUCCCCAGGAGGAGUUUGAUGGCAGCCAGCUCCAGAAGGCUCGAGCCAUUUUUGUCCUCCAUGAGAUGAUCCAGCAGACCUUCAACCUCUUCAGCACAAAGGACUCAUCUGCUGCUUGGGAUGAGACCCUUCUAGACAAAUUCUACACUGAACUUUACCAGCAGCUGAAUGAAUUGGAAGCCUGUGUGAUGCAGGAGGUGGGGGUGACAGAUACUCCCCUGAUGAAUGAGGACUCCAUCCUGACUGUGAGGAAAUAUUUCCAAAGAAUUGCUCUCUAUCUGAAAGAGAAGAAAUACAGUGCUUGUGCCUGGGAGGUUGUCAGAGCAGAAAUAAUGAGAUCUUUUUCUUCAUCAACAAACUUGCAAAAAGGUUUAAGAAGUAAGAAAUGAAACCUGGUUCGGCAUGGAAAUGAUUUUCAUUGACUAAUACACCAGCUCACCUUUCUAUGAUCUUCCAUUUCAAAGACUCAUGUUUCUCCUUUGACCAUGACAUAGCGUAAAUCUUUUCAAAUGUUUUUAGGAGUAUUAAGCAACACUGUAUUCAGCUCUUAACACACUAGUCCCUUACAGAUGACUAUGCUGACUGAUCUAUUAUCUAUUUAAAUAUUUAAAUAUUGUUUAUUUAACUAUUUAUAAGACCUAACUUACUUUUGUUCAUAUUACAUCAUGUGCACCUUUGCACUGUGGUUAAUAAAAUAUGUUCUUUGUAUUUAGUAAGUUUAUUUUGUUUUUUCAUUGAACUUUUACUAUGGAAAUCCUUUUUGUACUUGUUUAUUCUUUAAAAUGAAAUUCCAAGCCUGACUAUGCAACCUGAUUAAAGAAUAAAUGGUACACUUCAUUUAUUUAUCAAUAUUAUAUUCAAAUAAAAGUAAAAAUAAACUUUCUGU